AAAAGAGUUCGCAGCGACGCGCGGUUGAAGAUCUUUCGCUGAAGAUCUUUCGCUCCUCCCCCUUGUCCACACAAUCUCUAUACCAGCGACUUCUACCUGCGCAUUUGGUCGCAUCACUGCUGUGCAGUACCACUCUUUUACUGCAAGCUUCGAUACACUCCCUUAGACUGCCGAUUUACCCAAUUUUUGGUCGGCCCUUGGACCAAUUGAACUACCAGCGCAAAGUUGAGCUUCGCAAGCCGGAUCACUUCACCUUGACCUACCCAGCGUCGCAAACAUGAAGAACACUGCGAUUGCAUCUUUCGCUCUCUUUGCUUCGGCUGCCGUCGCAGACUAUGGCUACAGCAGCUCGUCAUCAAUGGGUAGCGCCCAUGUUGUGAACAACUGCAACUACCCAGUCAAGUUGUGCAACGUCCCAUCGGCCGGUGGUGGCUACGAGGAGGAGGAUACUUCCCUCGCUCCGGGCGCCUCGUGGUCGCAGCCUUGGACUCCGCUGUCCAAUGGCAAUGGUUGGUCGAUCAAGCUGUCCAAGACUGACAACCUCGACAACAUCCUGCAGUACGAGUAUACAACCCAUUCUGAUGGCAUCAUCUGGUACGAUUUGAGUUGCGUGAAUGGCAAUCCAUGGGAUAAGGACUGGGAAAUCACCGCGAACGGCACAGAGUGCGCUCCCAAGCAACAAGCAUACCGUUACUCCACCGAUGAUGCCUAUGGCAUGCAAUCAUGUGGCCAAGAUGCUGUCAUCACCGUGACACUGUGCACCGGAACUUCCGCCGACAACGGUGAGACUGCGAGCAACGGCACAGCACCAGCCGCAUCUUCCUAUGCCGCAGCUCCCUCGUCAGCAUCAUCUGCUCCAGCAUACGAAGCCCCAUCAGCAGCGUCGCCACCAAACUACCAGGAGCCAUCUUCAAGCUCAAGCUCUAAACCUGCUGCCGCUCCUACGCCUUACGGCUACAACUGGAACAACAAGGAUGCUUCGAAGUCUGCUGCCCAAGCGACCCCAACAACUUUGGCGACUUCUGUCACCGCUGUCUACACCAAGAACGAAGCUGGCGGCGUGACCAUCACCGAGAUCGAGACAGCGUACGCUACCGCAGUGGCCACCGUCUACAACCGCCACCGCAGGCACGAACACGAGCACGCUCAUGGCCACCGCGCAUAAGCAGCGCAACACUACCGCUGCAAGCAACAAAACACAUCGGCAACCCCAACGAUUCUUCACUUCUCGUCAUCCGCUAGCAAGUCACUUCACUCAUUCGUGACGAGCAGCGUUCAACUUAUUUUUGGCAUGCUUCUUUGUGGAUAGACUUCGAUUUUUUGGGAAACAAAGCACAGAACGGUUUGGAGUAUUUGCCGCCCCGGAGUGGUGGGUUUUGGAGAAGCUGUACAUAUGAUGAUAUGAGCGGGGAUCGUGCGCAACUGGUGUUGCUGCCGUCGCUCAUUUCUCAGACGUCGGCUAUGAUCAUGAGUGACGCAGACCAUGUGACAGAACAUUUCGCUGGACGACGACGUCCGUCCAGCAGAACUUGGCAAUACAGAUAGGCCGAUACAUAUAUUGCGAUGCAAACAUUUUCUCAUG